CACUUCCUUUCGUCUCAUCCAUAACCCCACCAGCAUUUUAGCCUUGAGGCUUCAAUGUUUCGGACUGGAGGCAGGGGAGGAUGAAUGUUCACGAGCAUGGCUCUCACGUAUCAGGUGACAAUGUGGAAAAGCUGGACACCACAAGCGGCUUAAAUCCAAACCAGAAGCAAGGCGACAAAAGAAGAAAUCAGCAUGACAAGUGAGAGGGUGUCAGCGCUGAGCGGGGAGGAAGAGGACAACGAUAUUACUAAGGGAUAUUACGACGACGAAGACGACCUGGAGGCGUUUUCAGACGCCGAGGUGGGCUGUGGGGACGGAGUGUUGGGCUUCAGUGAUUCUCUGAAUGGAGAGGUCAAACCUCGUAUACUGCUGAUGGGCCUGCGGAGGAGUGGGAAAUCCUCCAUCCAGAAGGUGGUUUUCCAUAAAAUGUUGCCCAAUGAGACCCUGUUCCUGGAGAGCACCAAUAAGAUCUGCAGAGAGGACGUCUCCAGCAGCUCCUUCGUCAGCUUCCAGAUCUGGGACUUCCCUGGCCAGAUCGACUUCUUCGACCCCACCUUUGACUAUGAAAUGAUCUUCAGAGGCACCGGAGCGCUAAUCUUUGUUAUCGACUCACAGGAUGACUAUGUGGAAGCUCUGAGUAGACUGCAUCUCACAGUGACCAGGGCCUACAAAGUCAACCCAGACAUCAACUUCGAGGUGUUCAUUCACAAAGUGGAUGGCCUGUCAGAUGACCAUAAGAUUGAGAAGCAAAGGGACAUUCACAAACGAGCCAACGAUGACCUCGCAGAUGCAGGCCUAGAACGAAUACACCUAAGCUUCUAUUUAACCAGUAUAUACGACCACUCCAUAUUUGAGGCUUUCAGUAAAGUGGUCCAGAAGCUCAUCCCACAGUUGCCCACACUGGAAAACCUGCUCAAUAUCUUCAUAUCUAACUCAGGUAUCGAGAAGGCCUUCCUGUUCGAUGUGGUCAGUAAGAUUUACAUUGCCACAGACAGCAGUCCAGUGGACAUGCAGACAUAUGAACUGUGUUGUGACAUGAUCGAUGUGGUCAUUGACAUCUCCUGCAUCUAUGGUCUGACAGAUAGUGAAGCUGGUUUACCCUAUGACAAGGAGUCUAUGGCCAUCAUCCACUUGAACAACACUAAAGUCAUGUACCUGAAGGAGGUCACAAAGUUCCUCGCCAUGGUCUGCUUCCUCCGUGAGGAAAGCUUUGAGAGGAAAGGACUGAUUGACUACAACUUCCACUGUUUCAAGAAAGCCAUCCAGGAGGUUUUUGAUGUUCGAGUAAAGGUUCAACAAAAUCGUAAACUCCUCAGUCAGAGGAGGUGGAGCAAACUGACUGUGACCAAUGGAGUGCUCAGCAACCCACACUGAGGACGGAUGACAUCACAUCAAACAGCCAAAUAUACCUGAGCUGUGUCCUGACAAAUCCAGGAGACUCCAUCCUUAUUCAAAGGAUCGGAUCACAUUCACUUUUUUCCUACUGUCAGACUCCGACCUCUGCCAUCUCUGUCCUCAGAAACAUUUAUCUGUCAGCAGCAGAGAGGACAAACUGUCUUUCACCAGGCUGACUAAAUUUACUGGACAAAAACUGUUUUCACGUAAGCUCCACAAGAAGUAUACAGGAAGACUCAAUGAUUUUAUUCUCCCUGACCUCUGUAGCAGGUGGCGGUACUCUGCUUAUAGUGAAAAAAAGCAAGUUCAUAGCAAAACUGGGGGUCUUGAUCAAUCAUUAUAGAUACAGUUACAGUUUUUUAUAAUUGCUAACUUACAUUUCUCUUCACUUUUUCAAAACUCUUUACCAACAUGCAGCUCAGUACAACAGUUCAUCUCACAUCCAAAAUGCACUAAUGCAAUCAAAACACUUCAUACACAUCUCAGAAUCAACCUGUGUACCCAAACCACAUUUGUCUGCCAACAGUAACACAACAGUCACUCGUUAUAUAUUGGCCAUAAAAAUCACUAACAACAGGUAGCAUUACAAUUAGUGUCAUUAUUGUCUUUAAAUGAUCGUUUAUUUAUUUAUUUAGCAUAAACCAUGAUUCCAUUACAGCAAAAAGAAUGGCAUUUCUUUAUUGCAUGGAUUGUGCUGCCUUACAGUAUAUGUCACAGAAAUUAAUCAGAAAUGCUGCAAUAUGCUUCAAAAGGUUUUAUUUGCUGUUGCAUUUUUGCAUAGAGUAAUUCCAAGUGCACAAAAUACAGCCAAAGUAAUUCCAGUAUUGCGAUACAAGAUUAUAUUUUCACUAUACAUACUUGUUUAGGAUGGUUACAGAUAUAGAAAUACAACAUUUACUUCUGUUGUGCUGACGGUGUGGUGUUUUGAAAAAGCAAUGGUAAAAAACUGUUGUAAGUAAACAACUUAUAAACAGCAGGAGAUUUGUAUGAUUUGAACGGCUGCUUGUAGAGAUUACACUUCACUAAACACAUCACCGAAAAAAAUAGAUUUUGGUUGUAAAAAAUCACUGUAGUGAUGCGUUUGUCUCAGUGUGGUUGUUUCAUUUGAUAUCCUGUGAAACAGAUAAGUGACGGACUGUAUUUCAGUCAGGAUACUCAUGUCAAGGUUUUAACCAUUUAUUGCAAUAAUACACAUUUUAGUUUGGCUGUGUGAUUAUGCUCAUGUGAUGCUCUGGAAUAAAUCUGAGCAAGCUUGAGCUAACAACAUCCCCUGGCAGAGCCUGAGAUACACAACAUUUAAUGAACAUAAACAGAUAUUACAAAGAUAAUUAACAAAAUUCACGUAUGAAUGCUAAUACAGGAAGAGGCUGGGGAGGUGGAGGGAGUUAAGCAGUGUAGCAGCAGUUUACACCCUUAAAUUAUACAAUUUAGCAGACAGUGUCACUUAAAUUGAUUUAAUCCCCAUAUGGACUGGAUUUAUGUCAUUAGGGGAGGUGGGGUGUUUUUAACAUUACUUGCGCUCGUCAGUGAUUUCAAUCGCGUCCGCAGCACAUAUGUGGGUAUUUUUCACCACCACCCCAGUAAUAAUUACAUCCACAAUUUCAUACUGUUUUUCUGCUAACUUGCUGGUCCUCCUGUAAUUUAAAUCCCAUCCAGGGCGACCUUGUUGUGUUUUAAACUUUUUUCCCGCAGGAAGAGCUGCUUGUCCUUAUACUUUAUUUAUUUUCAGCUCAGUUUGAAAUUUGACUUUUGUGUGAAAAAGUCAUUGUUGAUAUGAUAGAUGGAAACAUGCUAACACCAAUAUAUAGGCAUAUUUGGGAACCAAUACGAUGACAGAAAAACUUAAAGACAUUAAGGAAGCAAGAGCUCAUAAAAUGUGUUGUUGUAAUGUCAGCUACAGGUAGGUACUGGUAUUCUGUUAUGAGCCCCAUUUUUUUAGCCUAUAUUUGUUUAUGUUUUAGCACAGUUGGCACCAUUAAAAGUAUGCUGAAUUAGCUAUUAGCAGUUUCUGUUUGCAAUGUACCCAUGGAUGCAACAACCACUACUGCUGGAUUACUUUGAUACUGAAGAAAAGUUAAAAACCUGAUGAUUCUCAGGCAAGUUUUGAAGUGUCUUUUAAUCUAUGAUGUCUGAGUGGAUUUAUGGACGUUGGACAUCAGGGAUAAUGAUAUCCUCGGGAAGUAUAAUUCACUGAAUAAUAUCAAUAUGUGUUUCAUGUCUGUCUGUUCAAAUUUGACUGACUUAUGACUCAGAGAAGGAGUAAAAUUACAUUGAAGCA